AUGGGUGGCCAAAACUCAAAGCUCACCCCAGAAGGUGAAGCUGUGCCUCCUCGAAUUCGUUCACUCUUGCAGAGAAAAUUUGAGGAGAUCAGAGGCCGGACAAAGGCAAAAAAACUAAAAGCCUCCCACACUUACUCCAAGAAACAGCUACUUAAGGAUGGUGAACAAGAAGAGGUAGAUAUCUCUCUGCCUCAUUCGCUGCAGUCUUCACCAGAGUUUGAAAAUUUACCAUCUCCUGAAACACCACCAACAUUGGAGUUGGUACCAAGAUUGCCAGAGCUUGACAGAGGAACAAAACAGUCUGAUGAGGACCAGAUCAGGAGAGAUGGGGCGGAGUUUAGUGUGGAAGACGAUAAAGAGGCCAAGGGGGUGACAGUGUAUAUAGGGGGAGUUUUUGCAAUGGAGGAAACCACAGAGGGAGAGGAAGAGGAAGAGGAUGAAGUUAAUGAUGCGGGCAUGCAACGGAACAGCAAAAUCUAUCUGUGUCCGGCGUCACCAAGUUUCAAAGUUUAUUGCAUGGAACCUCUGGAAAUAGAAAAUGAUGACAGUAAGAACGACAUCACAGAUGAGGAUUUCAAGCAUAAGAAAUCACCAAGUGCUGAGUCUGCUGACAGCAGUGUUGAUAGCGUAAGGUCGAUGAUUGAAACCAACGAUGUCCAGGACACAAAGACAAAACAGAAAGGAAGGAGAAGAAGAAGAAUAAAAAAUGCACUCAGACCAAACACUGUAAAGAAUCUAUUGAACGUUAAAGGAUGCUACUACGCAGGUUGCACUGGUGGCCACGACAGAACCACCUAUGUAGCUGCUAAGAAAUCUGCAGCCACAUGA